UCUGCUUACUGAAGUGGAAAUAUGCCCACUGCAUAAAAUUUCCACUCAAAAAGAAAAAAAAAAAAACAAUCUUUAUGAUACUGUAGAUCUACUUACAGAGCAAACAAAACCCAAUUCAAUAAUAUUGUUAUUUUCUUUUUAUCAAAUCAAAUCCGUCUCCCUCUUUUCUUUCAGCCCUAGCUUUUGCAGUUCUUUUGACCCAUCAUCACUGCCGCUAUUGACACACAAUAAUUCGAUCAAACCGAGGACACCCAGAUUGAAAAUCUCAUUUCUUGAAGGAAAUCCUUACCUGGGUUAUUGUUGUUGAUGUUAAAUUUUUUUUAAAAGAAAUCCGUAGUUUUUAUUGGGUUUUUGACUAUAGCAAUGAAGGAAGGGAAAUCAACUAAAUUGAAUAAUCAGCAGCAUCUGCAGCAGCAACACCAAUACGGUCACUUGUCUCCUUUCAAAUUUGCUAAAUUGUUGGAUCCUGAGGCUUCUUGGGAUAAAGAUCAAUUGGGUGAUGUCUUGCAUUGGAUUAGGCAAGUAGUGGCCCUUGUUUGUGGAUUGCUUUGGGGUGCCAUACCUUUGGUUGGUGGCAUUUGGAUCGGCCUUUUUCUCUUGAUAUCUUCUGGGAUAAUAUAUGGUUAUUAUUCCAUGAUAUUAAAGAUUGACGAGGAAGAAUUUGGCGGUCAUGGAGCUCUGCUCCAAGAGGGGCUUUUUGCCUCGAUCACCCUCUUUCUGCUUUCAUGGAUUCUAGUAUACAGCUUGGCACACUUCUGAUUGGCUUGGUUCAGCAAUUUGGCUGCUGUCUCUAUCGCGAAGCAUUAUUUGAUCUUAAUCAGCUGUAUGAGGAACCAUUAAUUAUGCCCUGAAAACAAUGAGAAAGUUCAUUUGCUUAACUACGCCUUCAUUUUCCAACAUCUUAAUUUUGCAGAGCAUGACAAUGCUAAACAUUUCAUUGAUGGAAAUUUUAGUUCAACUUCUCUUCAUAAA